UUGCAAAAUUUUUAUAUUAAUCAGUCAAUUUUUGCCACAUGUCACAAAAUAUUUUUGUUCGUCAAGUUUGAAAUAUAUAUGAACAAAGAUAUAUGAUAACGGGAUAAACUUGGUUAAAAUUAUAUUUAUUAUACUAAAACAACUGGACCGAAGAAAUAAGUGAAAAUGCCCGAAGAAGAAAAGGGUGAAGGGCCAGAAGACAUCGACACUAUCGGCAUUUAUGUAGGCGGUCGUAACAAAGAUGGCGAACGACAUGGAGAAGGCUGGGCGCAUCUUCCGAAUGGAGACUUCUACCAGGGGUGUUACUGCCGCGGUAUGAGGAACGGCCGGGGGUUGUAUGUCUUCAAAAACGGUGCCCGAUAUGACGGCGAAUGGCGAAAAGCUAUGAAAUACGGAACCGGCACAUUUAUAUACCCGGAUGGUUCCCGCUACGAGGGCGACUGGAGGUUCGACCUGAAACAAGGUUUCGGAGCAUACUACUACCCAAACGGAGAUAUUUAUGAAGGCGCCUGGUUUAAAGGCAAGAGGCACGGCCUGGGAACCUACUUCUUUGCAGAAUACCAGGUCAAAUUCAUGGGGACUUGGGUAGAAGGCAUCAUUCAGGGCCCAGGGCAGAUAAUUUACCCGCGAGUGCGUUACCACGGGGCCUGGCUGAAAGGGAAGCCAAAAGGACCUGGGUGUUUUGUCUUCGAUACUAACUGCAUGCAGCAUGGAUUCUAUUUAUUGAUAAAAGAUCCGGAUUUGGAAGAGUUUGGAGAAGGAGAAGAGGAAAAAGAAGCAGAGAAGGAGGUGAAGGAAGAGCGCGGUGAAGAGGAGGAAGAAGUCGAAAUCGACGAAACAUUAGGCAAAAUAGCAGUGUGGCGAGCUCGAAACGUGACAGCAUACAUGGCAGAGUUCCUGCCUCCUGAAGCUGUGCCGCUGCCCAUACACGACUCUGUGCCUUCGCUGACGGACGAGACUAUAGAGACUGACGUGAUGCAGUUCGAGAUGUCACACGUCGGAGAAGAAGAGAAUAUCCAAGACAACGACUCCUGGCUCUUGCAUCGACAGAAGUUUUUGGAGGAAACGGAACAGAAAGAGCCGUAGUUUUUCUGUUGUUCUUUUUCUGAAUAUGUAUAUGGAUUUAUCUUGUUUUUGAUGUUACUAGAUAAUAUUAAAGCGUUUGAUAAACGUUCUUGUUUGAUUUACUAGUCUAGUACCUAAUAGGUGUUUGUUAGACUAGUA